ACGUUCAAUCAUCCGCCAACAUGGGUAAGGGACAACCUCGUGGUCUUAACGCCGCCCGCAAGCUCCAGGCGCACCGCAAGGAGCAGAAGUGGGCCGACCUCAACUUCAAGAAGCGUCUCCUCGGAACCGCCUACAAGUCCUCCCCCCUUCGGUGGUGCUUCCCACGCCAAGGGUAUCGUCCUUGAGAAGGUCGGUGUUGAGGCCAAGCAGCCCAACUCCGCCAUUCGCAAGUGUGUCAAGGUCCAGCUGAUCAAGAACGGCAAGAAGGUCGCUGCUUUCGUCCCCAAUGACGGUUGCCUGAACUUCAUCGACGAGAACGACGAGGUUCUCCUGGCCGGUUUCGGUCGCAAGGGCAAGGCCAAGGGUGAUAUUCCCGGUGUCCGUUUCAAGGUCGUCAAGGUCUCCGGUGUCGGUCUCGCCGCUCUGUGGAAGGAGAAGAAGGAGAAGCCCCGCUCUUAAGGGAGUUGCGCAAACGC